AUGACUGCCCAAGAGACGCGGCUAACGAAUGUCCACAGGUUCAAGUCCUACAGCCAGAGGACUGUCAUAGCUGGAUGGGAUCAAAGUUUCAACGCAGUCACCGGCCUCAAUGGGUCCGGAAAAUCCAACAUCCUCGAUUCGAUAUGCUUCGUACUGGGCAUCACGAACAUGUCCACUGUGCGAGCGCAGAACUUGCAAGAUCUCAUAUACAAACGUGGUCAAGCCGGCGUGACCAAAGCCAGUGUAACCAUAGUUUUCGAUAACAGCGACAAAAGCACAAGUCCGAUCGGCUUUGAAGAGUAUGGACAGAUCAGUGUCACACGACAGAUUGUCAUGGGAGGGACAAGCAAGUAUCUCAUCAACGGGCAUCGAGCGCAACAAACGACAGUGCAGAAUUUAUUUCAGAGCGUCGGCCUGAACAUCAAUAAUCCCAAUUUCAUCAUUAUGCAGGGCCGGAUCACCAAAGUCCUGAAUAUGAAACCCGCCGAGAUUCUGGCCAUGAUUGAAGAAGCCGCAGGAACGCGCAUGUUCGAGGACCGGAAAGAAAAGGCCACGAAAACAAUGGCCAAAAAGGAAAUGAAAGUGGUGGAAAUCGAAGGCCUGUUGAGGGAAGAGAUCGAGCCCAAGCUGGACAAGCUGCGGGGCGAGAAGCGAGCGUGGCUUGACUAUCAAAAAACGCAGAGCGAGCUGGAGCGACUGACGCGAGUCGUGGUGGCAGCAGACUACGUUCGCGCGGGAGAAAAGAUGCGGACGGCUUCGGAAGAGCACGAAGCUAAACGAGCCAAAGUCCAGCAUUUGGAGGAGAAUGCUUUGAAGCUGAAGCGCGAAAUAGAGAAUCUCGACGAAGACGCUCAGAGGGUUCGCGCCGUUCAAGAGAAGGAAAUGCGUAAGGGUGGGCGGUUUCAAGCAAUCGAGGCGCAGGUUAAAGAACUCAGCCACGAGCUCGUCCGAUUGGCGACUGUACUGGAUCUAAAGCAAUCCAGUGUGGCAGAGGAAGAGCAGAAGAAGAAGGAGAUCGCGAAAAACGUCAAAGGCCUCGAAAAGCAAGUCAACGAUAAGAAGGCGAGCCUUGAAAAGCUCCAGUCCCGGUGGGACAGCGCAAAGUCAGAGCUUGAUGCUCAAACCGCGGAGGUAGAGAAGAAAGAAGAACUCCUUUCGACGCUUCAGACAGGUGUUGCCUCGCGGGAAGGGCAGGAGAGUGGCUAUCAAGGACAGCUACAAGAGGCGCGAAACCGGCUGACGACAGCGGGUACCCAACAAGAGCAGGCGAAGCUGAAAAUCUCGCAUCUAGAACAACGCAUCAAAGAGGACGAACCACGCGCCAAAAAGGCUCGAGAACAAAACGCCGACUUUCUACAGGGUCUAGAACUGCUUCGCAAGCAAGCUCAGAAACUGGAGAGUAGCUUGCAGAAGCUGGGGUUCGAGCCUGGCCAGGAAGAGACGAUGCGGGAACAGCAAGCCGUUCUUCAGAAAAAUAUCCGAGUGUUGACGAAGGAAGCGGAUGAGCUCAAGCGCAAAGUGGCCAACGUCGACUUCCACUUCAGUGACCCGUCACCCAAUUUCGACCGGUCCAAGGUCAAGGGGCUUGUGGCGCAACUCUUCUCGCUCGACAAAGACAAAUCGAUUGCAGGCACUGCUUUGGAAAUUUGCGCGGGUGGCAGACUGUACAACGUUGUGGUCGACACAGCGGAGACCGGCACGCAACUAUUACAGAAUGGAAAGCUGAAAAAGAGAGUGACCAUCAUCCCCCUGAACAAGAUCUCGGCCUUUAGAGCAUCAGCAGAGAAGGUCGGCGCCGCGCAACGAAUAGCCCCUGGCAAGGUCGAUCUCGCCCUGUCGCUGAUUGGGUAUGAUCACGAGGUCUCUGCAGCAAUGGACUAUGUUUUCGGUACCACUUUGAUCUGCCACGACGCAGAGACGGCAAAGAGGGUGACCUUCGACCCCGCCGUCCGACUGAAAAGUGUGACGCUCGAAGGAGAUGUCUAUGACCCGUCAGGAACACUCUCGGGGGGCAGCUCUCCGAACUCGAGUGGCGUUCUUGUCAUCCUUCAGAAACUGAACGAGGUCACAAAAGAACUCCAAAAGAAUGAAGCAGAGCUUCAUGGGCUACAAGAGACGAUGAAGAACGAACAAAACAAGCUGGCCAACAUCAAGGCAGUCAAGCAGGAACUGGAUCUCAAAACGCACGAGAUCAAGCUCAGCGAAGAACAGAUCUCCGGGAAUUCGUCGUCAUCAAUCAUCCAGGCUAUCGAAGAAAUGAAAACGUCCAUUGUGCAACUCAAACAAGAUAUGUUGGAUGCAAAGGCCCGACAAGCAGAGGCUGCCAAAGAUGUCAAGCGAAUUGAGAAGGACAUGGAAGACUUCAGCAAGAACAAGGACAGCAAGCUCAAGGAGCUGGAAAAGUCGCUGGCUGAUCUGAAACAGUCUCUCAGCAAGACUUCGGCAGCGAUCAAAUCUCUCCAAAAGGAACUGCAGGAUGCAAGAAUUGAUUGUGAGCAGGCCGAGAGUGACUUGAGUACCGCUCAAGAGCAGCUUGCUGAGACCAGUAAUGCUAUCGAAAGCCAGCAGGAGGAGCUCCAGACGCUGAGACAGGAGGAAGCCGCCAUCAAGAGCAAACACGACAUUGCUCAGGCCGAACUGGCCGACGAGCGGGCGAAGUUGACGGGAUUUGACGAGGAGCUUCGCGAACUGGAACAAGCCAAGUCCAAGAAGUCCAAACAGAUUACCGAAGAGGCUCUGGAGGUGCAGACACUCGGGCACGCCGUGGGUAAGGCGCAAAAGGACGCCCAAGCAGCGGCACAGCUGGUGGCGGCGCUCGAAAAGGAGCACGACUGGAUCGAAGACAACAAGGAUCAAUUUGGCCGCACAGGCACGCCGUACGACUUUCAUGGCAAGAAUCUGGCGGAGAGCCGGGCGACGCUGAAGAAUGUCACGGAGAGGUUCCAAGGCAUGAAGAAGAAAAUCAACCCCAAGGUGAUGCCCAUGAUCGAUAGUGUCGAGAAGAAAGAGGCCAGCCUGAAGAAUAUGCUGCGGACAGUGGUGCGAGACAAGAAGAAGAUCGAGGAAACCAUCAGCACGCUCGACGAGUACAAAAAAGAGGCACUCUUGAAAACCUGGCGCAAAGUCACCGAAGACUUUGGCAACAUCUUUUCCGACCUCUUGCCUGGGAACAACACGGCUAAGCUGGUACCGCUGGAUGACAAUAUCGACCGGAUCCAAGAAGGCUUGGAGGUCAAGGUGUGCUUGGGCAAGGUGUGGAAACAGAGUCUUACCGAGCUCUCCGGCGGUCAAAGAUCGCUGAUCGCCCUCUCUCUCAUUCUCGCUCUCUUGCAAUUCAAGCCGGCGCCCAUGUAUAUCUUGGACGAGGUGGAUGCCGCUUUGGAUCUUUCGCAUACUCAAAACAUAGGCCGGAUCAUCAAGAAUCGGUUUAAGGGAUCUCAAUUCAUCGUGGUCAGCCUCAAGGACGGCAUGUUCCAGAAUGCCAACCGGGUGUUCCGGACGAGGUUCAGCGAAGGCACCAGUGUUGUUUCGGUCAUGACUCCGGGCGAGUUGAAGGGAUGA